CUGAAGUCGCCAACGAGCAGAAUGAUGUCCAUAUAUCUGAGCCGAAGGGCCAGCUCAUGUGCUAGCGUAAAUGCCGAAACGGCUGUGGAUGAUAUGCCGUUACGCAUUGGGGCAGUAUUCGUGAUCCUCGGUGUCUCGACGCUGGCGUGCGCAUUUCCGCUCCUAGCAUCGGCCUUCCCGCGCUUGAAAGUACCCCAGGCCUUUUUCUUCGCGAUUCGACACUUUGGCACAGGUGUACUCAUUGCCACUGCGUUUUGUCAUCUUCUCCCAACGGCAUUCAUUCUUCUGCAUGACCCGUGCUUGUCGGAAUGGUGGACCGAGGGCUACGCUGCCAUGCCUGGAGCUAUUGCGCUUGGCGCUGUCAUGCUCGUUACCAUAGUAGAGAUGUGCAUGCAUCCAGGCCGGCAUCACCAUCGCAAACCAGAGCCAACAAGUGGUUCUGUGCAAACUCGAAAGAAAGGGCAGUUCAAUGGCAGAUCUAGUAGCAUUGGGCGCGGCUUGUCGCUGUUUGGUGGAGAGGCUGCUAAUGAAGCCGCUCAAGGCAAUGGGGAUGACAGGAUUCCGCCUACAGCUGAGAUCCAAGACGAAUCUCUUGUUCCACUCAAGUUGUCCGUUGAGCAGAAAAAGCGGGUCGAGAUCAUGCAAUGUGUACUAUUGGAGCUGGGAAUCUUGUUCCACAGUGUGUUCAUCGGGAUGGCGUUGAGUGUGUCGAUUGGAGGUCGCGAAUUCGUCAUUCUCCUCAUCGCCAUUGUCUUCCACCAGACAUUUGAGGGCCUGGCACUCGGAGCACGCAUUGCCGCAAUCGAAUGGCCUCAAAGGGCAGUCAAGCCAUGGCUCAUGGCCCUGGCAUACGGGAUGACAACGCCAAUAGGGCAGGCACUCGGUCUUGCGACGCGGGCGCUCUACAGCCCAGACUCUGAAGUUGGACUCAUCCUCGUGGGAGUCAUGAACGCCAUCUCUUCAGGGUUACUGAUAUUCGCGUCACUCAUCGAGCUUCUCUCUGAAGACUUUCUCAGCGAUGAAAGCUGGCAGACUCUACGUGGCAGACGCCGUGCAUACGCAUUCUUACUUCUUCUCGCCGGUGCUAUGGGUAUGAGUCUGGUGGGCGCUUGGGCAUAA